GUCUGACAUUUACAAAUGUUGGUGUUUACGAUAGCAAAUAAUUACAGUUGUUUACAGUCGAUAUUUAAUAGUAAUAAGUAACUUAGAAAUAAAUAUGUGAAUCACAAUUAUGGCAUUUUUGCCAGAUUUGGACACCAGAACCGUUCUCAAUGUUGUAGAGGAGAACUUUGAGCGAAUUGGUUUGAAAGCAUACGCAAUUCGCAUGAUAUACACUGGCGAACAUGCUUUAAACAAAGAAGAAACGAUAAAACUCUUCCAAGAAACGGUAAACGGUGUAAAUUCUAGCUAUUGUGAUAUAAGUGUUCGUGGAUUGCUUUUGGUUUACGACAGCUACUUCGUACACGUUGUCGAGGGUUCAGAAGACACUGUACAUAGACAUUUAAGAUUCCUUUUUGAGGCUGAACGUAAACGGAUAGAAGAGAAAUUCAAAGACGAGGAGAAAUCUUGUGAAGCAUCUGAAGGCGUCGCUAAAUUGUUAGACGAGGAACACACGGAACAACCUGAGAAAAAGAUAUUUAAACGCGCCAAGCUGUUGAUGGUCUAUCAUUCAAUACAAACAUUCUUGUUGGAAGAUUGGCGAGCAUUCACCGCACGACCACCUUCUCUUAUUGGAAAGCUGGAUGUCCACGGACCGUUGUCAGAACACAUGGAACAGCUAAGGAUAUGCCUUGAUAAGAUUAAAAGGAUCUGUGCGUACGCAAAAGCAGACGAAAAUUUAUCGUUCGAAGGCUUGAGCGCCGUGGACCCCAAGAUGGAAGCAUUGCCCGAAGUGGCUCUAAUUGACUACCUCUUGCAGUCACAGUACAUUCUAGACCUUCGCCAUGUCGCUCAUUUGCAUCGACGUGUUGAUGACUACGCUUUCUAUUAUGAACAUGUAUGGCCACUUAAAACUCACUUCACGCCGAGACAACUUUAUAAGCUGAAAAUAGACGACUGCUUUGUGGAGCCCCUGCCUGUGAUGCCAUGGGAGUUGGUGAAAAAAGAGGUCGAGGACGAGGAAAAAGAGGACCGGCAAAGUGGCAGUGAUUCUACUGAUUGAAACGUUUACACAAUCAUGUUUAAUAGUAAAAUAUUGUAGUAGGUACUUAAGGUUGUAAUAUAUUAUAUUAUCUAGUCAU